AUGUUCAAACUAUUGCGAGCUGAUACGCAAACGUGCGAUUUACUCGGUGUAGACUGCCGGGAUAAACUUCAUACGUCUAGUAAACAGUGUCGAUGUAAACAAGUCAGUGUAACGGCUGAGAUCGCGGUCGCCCCAGUACCGUUGGAGCGUAGAAAGUUGGGAGUGAGUACCCGCGAUUCUGGACAGUCAUCGUACGGACGGUGCUCGGCGACAGUGUUCGCGCGUGCUCGGGCUCGGGAAGCGCGGCGCGACAUG